GUUGUUGGUUGCAGGUUCUCUUCAUUCGUCUGGGUCUCUAGAAAAAAGGCUGCUUUUUACUGUAAUGCAUACAUGAACGUGAAAGAAGAGACGUGCGAGGCUGACAUGAAUAUCAUGGAGAACAGAACCACAAAUGUUAAGGUGGAAGACUGUGAAUUGAAAUGUGUCCACCCUAAACAGGAGAGCCUGGGCAUUAAGGAGGAGGACUAUGAACUGGGGUCGGUGGGAAUUAAAGAAGAGGCUGAAGAGAAGUGUGUCAGCAGUGUGAGUGACAUCCAGACAAGUGUGAAGGGUGUCAAGGAAGAAGACCCUCAUCGUGGAAGUCCAAAUGGUGCAGUGACCGGGUUAGUCUCCUCUCAGACUGGACACUCUUCACCUCCGGAGUCUUCUGUCAAUGUGAAGUCUGAACUAUUACAGUCUGACAUAGAGGAGAACAUGACUCGGGAACAUCGGCCGCCACCUACAAAGAAGACUAGAAAAAAUACAGGAGGCAAACCUCACAGUUGUUCUGAUUGUGGCAAACAAUUCGAUGAGAAGGGGAAUCUUGAGAGACACAAACGCAUUCACGCAGGAGUGAAGCCAUAUUGCUGCUCCGAGUGUGGCAAAACGUUUUCACUGAGAAGCAAUCUUCACAGCCACCAAAGAAUUCACACAGGAGAGAAGCCAUAUUCCUGUUCUGAAUGUGGCAAACAGUUUUCACAGAGAAGCCAUCUUCAGGUUCACCAAAGAAUUCACACAGGAGAGAAGCCUUACUGUUGUUCUGAAUGUGGCAAACAAUUAAAUGACAAGAGUAGUCUUCAGGUUCACCAAAGAAUUCACACGGGAGAAAAGCCCUAUUCUUGUUCGGAAUGUGGUAAAAAAUUCUAUUACAAACGUAGUGUUCAGAAACACCAAAGAAUUCACACAGGAGAUAAGCCCUAUUGUUGUUCUGAAUGUGGCAAACGAUUUUCUGAUAAAGGUAGUUUUCACAGCCACCAAAGAAUUCACACAGGAGAGAAGCCCUAUUGUUGUUCUGAAUGUGGAAAACAUUUCAAUCACAAGAGUACUCUUCAGAAACACCAAAAAAUUCACACAGGACAGAACCUGUAUUGCUGUAGUGAUUGUGACAAACGGUUUAUGAAAAAAUAUGAUCUUCAGGUUCACCAAAGAAUUCACACAGGAGAGAAGCCAUAUUGUUGUUCUGAAUGCGGCAAACGAUUUUAUGACAAGGGUAAUCUUCACAGCCACCAAAGAAUUCACACAGGAGAGAAGCCCCAUUGUUGUUCUGAAUGUGGCAAACAAUUCAAUCACAAGAAUGGUCUUCAGAAACACAAAAGAUUUCACACGGGACAGAAGCCAUAUCAGUGUUCCGAAUGUGGCAAACAAUUCCCACACCUGAGCAGACUCCAGGUACAUACAAAAACUCACACUGGAGAGAAGCCAUAUCACUGUUCAGAAUGUGGAAAAGGAUACAUCAGCAAUGGCAGCCUUCAGAAACACAAAAUUAUCCACACUGGACAGAAACCAUUUUGCUGUUCAGAAUGUGGAAAAGGAUAUACCAGCAACAACAACCUUCAGAACCACAGAGUAAUUCACACCGGAGAGAAGCCCUUUUGUUGUUCAGAAUGUGGAAAAGGAUUCAUUAGUAAGUACAACCUUUACUGCCACACAAGAAUUCACACUGGAGAGAAACCAUAUUUUUGUUCUCAGUGUGGCAAACGAUUCUCUACAAAGAGUGGCUAUCAAUACCACAAAAGAACUCACACUGGAGAGAAACCAUAUGGGUGUUCUCAAUGUGGCAAACGAUUCACCACCGACAGCAACCUUCAGAUACACAGACGAGUUCACACUGGCCAACAAUAA